AUAAACUCUGUUCAGCUGACAGCAGGAGUCAAAACAAGUCCUGCUCUUGGCAUUAAAAAAACGAAGAGGUCUGAGGUCAACUACUGCCCUGCCUACCCUACAGGGGAAGAUGAUCUGUCCCUUGAGAAACUUCGGGUGGAGCUGAAGUCUGAUGUGCAGAGGAGACAUGGCAGAGAGAUCAGGAUGAAAAUGGAGAAGACCUUUGCUUAUCGGAGACAAGAAGUCGUUCACAGUGCACCCAUGAUCCAUGAGGUUCAGGAGAGAUGGCCAGCACUCUUUGAUGUACACGAGAUCAACGCUGAAUUCAGACGGAUCACAACAAUAGCCUUACAAUCCCGAUUUCUCUCUCAGUUGGACAUUUUGUCUGACAGCCUUGUGAAGCUUUUCAAGAAAAGAACUGGCCAGAUCGGCACUCAUCUUAAGACUGUUAUGUCACCAAUUACUCAGGAUGUUGAUGCCGCUGAUGCUGACCAUGUUGAUGUUGUCCGGGAAUGCCUGCUUAAAGGGUUGUGCAUCUACCUCAACGAGGACCCAAGCAACCUCAUUCGAGAACUUGUGGAAGAUGAUGAUGGCCGGAUUCAGAGAGCAGUGGAAGAAACAACACUGGGGAUUCUGGUUGUGAAGCGCUGCCCCUCAGAGCAUCCUGACAUAGGGAUCAUCCUAGAGGGACAACAGGUACUGGGGGAACUGGACAGUGUGCCUUUAGCAGCAGCUCUGAUAUUUGGGCUGAUGUAUGCUCUGAAUCUCGAUUACCCAGCAGAGCUCAAAUAUACAUUUGAGUUUCUGCAAAAGAUCAUCAUGGAGCUAGAGGGCACCACCAUGUCAAAGAAAUGCCAGGCCCUGCAAAACAAACUCCGUGAUUAA